UCAGCUAACAGGUUGGAGGCUAUUGAGUGCACUCCGGAUUUCAGUUCGGACAGUUCGCCUAGCAUCUCGCCUGUGCCGAGAAUAUUGACUAAAUCACGCAGCAACCAAGAUCAAAUCAACGCUUUGGUGAACUGCAUGGCCAUAAACACUGGCAUGGCGUUCGGCAACCAGCAGACUCCCAAGAAGAUCGCGGACUGGAAGAGAUUGCGGCAGCUUUUGAACAGGAUGGGGCCCGCGAAACGAACGGCGGCUUGGCAACACUCAUGGCGCGACCUGAAACGUAAAGCUUUAGAAAGAUACAACACGAAUUCAAAAUAUAACUCGGGGAUUACGCAAACAAUCAUACAAAUUAUCGAAGCGCACGCACAAGGCACAAAUUCAUCAAAUGAUGUUUCGGCAGAAGACGCUUUACAUUUACGUUUACCACCGCAAGUCAAAUAUCUCCUUCAGGCCGAAGCAGACCGCCCCGAAGAUCCUUCAAAUCAAGUGUCACCUGUACAACGCGACGCGUCCGCUGUAAACUUGGUCUCUUUGGAACAAUAUCGGCAGCCCUUCAAACCUAAAAUCCGUUCAAGCAACACCCAGAUAUGCGCGUUAGUGGACUACAUGGAGAAACAUCCCCGUCUGGCCGUAGUGAAAUCUACAGCUGGGGACACCCAAUCACACAAUAUCGCAGAGUGGCGAAGGUUAAGCAAUUAUCUAAACAGAAUUGGCACCACAAAAAGAAGCACUAUGGCUUGGAGACGAACAUGGCGCGAUCUCAAGAAAACUGCUAGAAAAAAACCGACUAACGAACGGAAUUUUAAUUUAAAUCGGAGAAUUCUUCAGAUUGUAAAAAAGGCAGCAGCAGAUACUCAACAGGACGACGAGUCUAAUAUGGAAACUGUAAGUUAUGAUUUUGAAAAAUAUCUACUAUAG